AUGUAAACUUAAAAUUCAGAAAUAUAGCCAAACAAUUAUUUUGAUUUGAUAAGUGUUCCACCCUCAAUGAGAAAAAAAAGUGCAAGAGUAGAUUAAAGGCCAAUUCAAACUAGCAAAAUGUAUUUUGAAUCAGAUUCUAAUAUUGAUAACACAUAAUCUUUGCAUAGUCUAUUACAAUAGAAAGAGGCUUAAUUAGAUUCAUUACAGAGGAAAUACAUGUAAAUUAGAUAGGUAAAGUCAAGAAAGCCUUAAGGACAAAAUUUUAUGCAUGGAUAUUUAGAUGACUUGAUUAAUUCAUUCAAAGAUAAGGUUGACAACAAUAUCAUCAGCGAGUUUAUAAACUAUUCAAAUUCAAUGAAUGAUAUCUAUAGGAUAUAAUAAACUCAUUUACAACUUUGCUAGUAAAGGUUGUAACAAGCAGAUGCAUUGGUUGAUUAGCUCAAAAUACUUAAAGAAGCAGAUCUCUUCAAUCUAAAAAAGAUAAUUUAAUCUUUAUAAGAAUCAUUGUAAUAAGCUUAAGUUACAGAAUUAGAUUCAAAUAAAUUGUAUAGGGAUCUUUAGAACAUGAAGUUGAAGUAUGCAAAAUUGCAAAACCAAUUUGAAAUAGUACAAAGGUAGAAUGAAUAUACUGAAAAAAAUAUGCAAUCGAUAAAGUAGCAUCUAUAGCAUACAAACGAGGAAACUCAAAUUUAUAAGAAGACUUUAAGAAAAGAAACUAGUUAGAAUUAAUUAAACCAAAGAAGAGUUUUUACAUUAGAAUAAAGAUUGGAGGUUUUAAGUGGGAGUGAUUAUAAAAAAGACAAAGACUCAUUAAGAAAUAUUAUAGAGGAUAUGCUGAAAGAGAACGAGGCAAACAAAAGAAAGGCAUUCUAAAAAUGUCAAGAAGUGUUAAAGCUGGAAUAAGUUGUUUAAGACUUAAAAGAAAAGAAUCAAAAGCUACAGAAGAGAAAUAUGUUGUUGGAGAAACAAUUAAAAUUGCUAGGGUAUUCAGCUUAUGAUUUAAAUGGAAACACUUUUGGACAAAAGACUAUAGUAGAAUCCAAUGAUCAAGAUGAUGAGAUUUAGGAUGUAUUUCAGCAGGCUAACUUGCCUAAUAAAUUAGAAUUUAAAUUAAAUAAUUUGAAAUCGAGACAAAAGAAUUUAGUUUAAGACUUAUUAGAUUGUGGUGUUAAAUAAGCAAUCGAUUAAUUAUUCUAGAUGGAUUAGUAGCAUCAAGUGGAUUAAAUUAGUAUCUUUAUGGAUUUGUUUGUAUAGUAUAAGAAUUUAGGAGAGAGUGUGAAUAGUUUAAUUAAUUUAAUUAAGCAGCUAUUGAAAAUUGAUUAGAUUGAAAUAAUAAUGCAAAGACUGAGUUCUGAUUCUUAGUUAUUUAAUUGUGAGUUGAUUCAAUUAUGGUUGAUAGAUUAAUAGACUGCCACAUUUUAUACUUAUAAUUAAAAAAAUGAAUUGGUCAAUGCAUAUAUUGAUACGGAUGAAUUUUUGAAUGUCGUUAAAUCAUCAUUGCCUAUUUAUAAAUAAUAAGCAUUUGUUUACAGAAACAUUAAUACUGCUAAAUUCGCAAAGGAUUGCUAUCUUAUACCUUUGUUAACUGAUAGUAGAUUGAUUGGAAUUAUAUCGUUGGAAAAUCUAAAUAAUAAAAAAUAGGAUGCUAAAUAUCUUGGUUUGUUGAUUUCAUAAUUGUUAUUGCCGAUAAUAGAUAAGGUAUUGUAAUUUAAACUUAUAAAUUAUCAAUUGAGAUACAAAAAUCUCUUAUUUGAAGCAUUUACUGAAUUAUCAAAGUAAAAGUCAAAAUUUAAAUUAUAAAAAUCAAUUGAAAGUCAAGCUGAAACACUAUUUGGUGUGGCCAGCAGCAGAUUUUUCUUUUAUAGUUAAGGGAUCAUUUAUACUUAUAAGGAUGACUUACAUACAACUGAAUAUAGCUCAGAUAUAGGAGUAAUUGGUUAUGUAGCAAAAUCUCAAGAGGCAUUGCUACUUGGCAAUAUUAAACAGCAUCAUUCAUUUCAUUAAUCAGUCGACAUGAUUAGUGGAUUACCAAUAUUUACAUUGCCCUUGGCCUUUGGUGUUUUGUAGAUUGUAUUGAAUUAGAGUGCACAAUUAUAAUAAAAUAGUAAUGCAUCCAAUAUAUUCUAAUUAGAUAAAUCAAUUGAAGUUCGUAAGUUAUUACAACCUGGGGAAACUUUACAGAGCAUGGCAUUAAUGUUCACAUAAAUUUGUAAUUUCGCAUAUGAAAUUCUAAAAAUAGAAUUAUCAUGA